GUGGAGGAGGUUCACAACAAACCCCUAUUUCCUUUCGUCUCUCUGUUGCAAUUAUCUAUCGAUCCUUCCUUUCGUUGUUGCAUAUUAUCCUCGUUUUGACCUUGUCAAGUUCUAUCAUUUUCUUGCACAGUGUCCAGAAAAGUCGGAAAAGCCCUCCAACUUGCCCAGUUACGUUGAUCCUGUACGGUACCGACAGUAAUUACCAAUACAACACAUCACCUUUCUCUCCAAACCGCCAGCAGCUUACAUUCAUGAAGCGAGCCACGAGGAAACGUACACUGGCGGCAACGCUCUGGAUUGCCAUGAGUUCGGUGACCGGUUCGGGUCCGGGUCGGACAGCCGCCUUUGCGCCUUCCGGCAACAACAACAACAACGGCUGCCACGGACUGUCCCGUGUCGCGUUGCACACCACGGAAUUGCAAGCGCACUCGAAACCUCCACACCAACAAUCACCACAAACCCGCUACACACCGCCUUCGGCAAUGAAUAUCCAAUUUCCGGAGCCAGACGAAUCACUCCAUGUCUGGGACCACGUACGAAACAUCGGUAAAGUGUGUACCGGGUUCGCCUUGGCGGGGCUGUUGUCCGCCUUGGUUUCCUUUACCAGUCCAGUGUGGGCGGAAAACGAACUGUCCGCCAAGUACGGAGGCGGCCUCGACACAUCGCUCGUCGACCAAAACUGUCUCGUCAGCGCCUGUUCACUCCAAACCAAGGCGUGUUUACAGGACGAUCCGUCCUGUCGGAAAGGACUGACCUGCACAGCCAAGUGCCUCGGAGACAACGCCUGUAUCACCGGAUGCAUGGCGCGCUACGGCAACGCCAAUUUGGACAAUCUCUUGAAAUGUACCAUUGAGGAUCACGAAUGCAUCAAGGUCGCCAUUCUCGAGGGAGGUGCCGACGUAUUUGGACAAGAGCCCCGCGCUCCCGCUCCCACCGUCACGGCGUUUGAUCCGAAAUCCCUGCAGGGCUCCUGGUUCAAGGUAGUCGGCUACAACCCCAACUACGAUUGCUACGCCUGUCAACGGAAUACCUUUUCCGCUCCGGAUAGUAGUGCGAACGGCAACCGCAAUAACUUGUUGUGGUCCGUCGCCAGUGGCAACACCAAUCCCGCCGUUACCAAUCAGCUACGCAUGGAUGUGGAAUUUUCCAUGCCACACUUGUUACCGGACGGCUCGCCGCCACCUCCGUCAAACGUUAGGGAAUCAAUUCUUGUCAGCGGCGAAGACGGCUCCGUGUUUGGCUCCAAAUCAAUCGCUUUGAACGAUUAUCGCACCCGAGAGACCAUGGUAUUCGACCAAGUGUCCACCGGAAACAACAUGGUGUUUCACAAGGGCACAACACAAGAAGUCUCGUACUCUCGCACCGCCCAUUCAGAAGGAGAAAUGUUUGGAUUAAAGUUCUGGGAGAACUGGUAUAUAAUUGGUGAAAAUGAUCCAGGCCAGCCUGAGUUCAAAUUUGUAUACUACAACGGCAAAACCCGACAAAACACCUACGAAGGCGCUUUUGUCUACAGCCGCAGCAAGGAGCUGGCCCCCGAGUCCAUGGCCAAGGUCUACUCCAUUGCCAAGGAAGCCGGCAUGAAGGUGGACCAAUUCUGCAGAAUACGCAACGGGUGUUUUUCGGAUGAAACGGUCGUCAAAGCACCCAGCUCAGGGUUGGGAUCUCAAUCCAAUCCUUUCCGCGGUAUUCUCGCGAGCACGCGUAUCUCGCAAUUGCUGGGUGUAGAACCCGUCGCCGCCCGGGAUACCGUUCGUCGUAACGCACCGACCUCUCCUACGCUCCAACCCGCGGUUGGUACCAUUGCAUCGCGACCAUGGUGGUACGAAAUUGGAGAUUACCUCGAAAAUCCGCACAGACAUUUCCAAGUUAUGGAUAGCCUGCGACUACCUAUGACCUGGGCAGAAGAUGUCAAGAACUAA